UUACGUCAAUAAAUAGACAGUUUGCGGCAUGACGUACCCCCCGGAGUUUAAAUCGUUUAAAUAGAUACACUUCAGUUUGCCUCAGCAACUCUUUAGUAAUAUUACGGUACUCCCUCUUGGAUUUACACAUUAACUUUAGUUCUCAUUUCACCCUAAAAAGGUAAAGACGGGUGUGCUUCACAUGGUCAAACAAGGGUCGCAGGUGAUGCUUGAGCUGCUGGCCUCGAUGUGAGGCAGCACGGUGCAGGAUGGACAAACUCUUCGGUGGAGAGAAAGCAGCUUCCAGCAAGCUGAACCGCUGGGUGGACCCGUCCUUCGCUGAAUUGCCAGAAGAAAGCUUUGCUGUGUCCAGAAGGAGAAAGGCUGUGAGCUCCAAGGCUGAGGUAAAGAAGCCCAGGAAGAGGGCAGGAGAGGCAGGCCGCUCAGAGCCCCCCACCCCCCCCCUGGUGAGAGAGCCCGCCCCCUGGGACCAGGAUGAGUCCUGGGUGGACAGACACUCGCCCCGUUCACAGGCUGAGCUGGCUGUCCACAAGAAGAAGAUCGAGGAAGUGGAGAGCUGGAUAAAAGUUCACACAAACACAUCAAAGUUACAGGGUGGUGUGUUGUUGCUGACGGGACCCUCGGGCUGUGGGAAGACUGCCACAGUCAAGGUUCUAUCUCUGGAGCUGGACCUCAGGGUUCAGGAGUGGACUAACCCCUCCAACGAGGAGCCAUACAGCAGCACUCAGCAUGAAUGGAGGACAAAUGGUUUGUCCUUCACCUCCCAGUUAACCCAGUUCCAGGACUUCCUUCUCCGAGCAAACAAAUACAAGUGCCUGAAGAUGGUUGGUGAUGGUGGAGCUACAGACAGGAAGUUCAUACUGGUGGAGGAUUUCCCUAACCAGUUCUACAGGCAGCCUGACAGCCUGCACGAUAUCCUCAGGCGCUUUGUGAAGACCAGUCGGUGUCCCCUGGUGUUCAUAGUGUCAGACAGUCUGAGCGGAGACAGCAGUUCUCGCCAUCUCUUCCCCAAAGAGAUCCAGGAGGAGCUGGACAUCAGCAGCAUCAGUUUUAAUCCGGUGGCUCCAACCACAAUGAUGAAGGUCCUCUCUCGGAUUUCCACCCUGGAGGCAGGCAAGAGCGGGGGAAGGAUGUGCGUCCCUGACCAGGCAGUGUUGGAGAAGCUGUGUUCAGGAAGCUCAGGAGAUGUUCGCAGUGCCAUCAACAGCCUCCAGUUUUCCUCCCUCCCAGACACGUCAUUGGAAAAGGGGCUGUUGAGGAAGGACCGACAGGGGACAUCACUGGGCAAAGCUGUUUCCAGAACAAACCAGAGGAAGAAGAGGUCUAAACAGAAAAGGGAUCAGGAAGAGGAGCAGGCUAUUGGAGGGAAAGAUGCUUCUCUCUUCCUGUUCAGAGCUCUGGGGAAGAUCCUGCACUGCAAACGUGGGUCAUAUCUCCCUGUUUCCAUACAAGUGUCUCCUAACCAGGAGGGAGGGAAACAGGAAGAUGUUGAAGUGGUUGAGAGUCCCCCUGGACCCCCUCUACCCUCUCACCUGUCUCAUCAUCACAGAGAAGCGUUACUCGUAGACCCUGAGUUUGUUGUUGAGCGCUCACACAUGUCCGGGGAGUUCUUCAGCCUGUACCUCCACCAGAACUACCUGGACUUCUUCUCCGAGGUGGAGGAUGUGGACCGAGCCAGCGAGUAUCUGUCUGAUGCUGACCUCCUCAAUUCUGAUUGGACGAGUCGCAGCACCAUGGAGUAUUAUGGGUCUUCAGUGGCCACCAGGGGGCUCCUGCACUCCAACUCGCAGCAGGUUUCUGUCGGCUUCAGACCGCUUCACAAGCCCAACUGGCUGCUGGUCAACAAAAAGCACCGAGAGAAUGGCCUGGCUGCUCAGUCUCUGUUCAGGAGCUUCUGCCUCACACCGGUCAGCCUGCAGACAGAGCUGCUGCCCUACCUGGCCAAACUCACCAACCCUCUGAGGAACCAAGCUCAGAUAGCUUUUAUCCAGGAUGUGGGUCACAUGUCGCUGAGGAGGCUCCCCGGCAGAUUAAAGCUGGAGGCUCUGACAGACAAAGAGCCAGCCCAACCGGAGAGAGACAGUGAGGAGGAAGAGGAGCAGAAAAAGGAAGAGGAAGGUCAGGCUGGGCUUGAGGAAGGAUUACCUGAAAGUCAGCCCCAGCCUAUAACAAGCCAAGACCUUCUAGAGGAGGAGGAGCUGCUCAUAGAGGACUACAACAGUGACUAACACAUCCGCUGUCAUACUGUGACACAUCCACUAUUUCACUGGAUGUUCUUAUGAAUGAGUUUUGGCUUGGUAUGCAGGAGGAUCAGCGACACGUGAAAAAAACAAGACCAGGUCUGAGAUUGACAAAGGAAAAACAAUAUUACUAUUUAAAAGCUGGUAUACUUUCACUUUCCCCUCAGAAUUCAGACCUUUGAGAAUUUAGAUUUGUAUUCAUACCUGAACCUGUACUCCAUAGUGUGUUGAUGACUGUGAUACUAGCUCUGGUAUCACCAGUGUUUCUGCCUCAUUGAGGUGUCACCUGUAGAAGAUAAGAUUGUUUUGUCGAAUGGAAGCUGUGAUUCUUAAGCUGGAAAACAGGCUCAUGAUAAUAUGAAAGCAUGGGGAUUCAUUUCUCCUAAGUGACCCUUGACAGUUCAGUUGUGCCAGUUAAAAUAUUGUCAGUAUUUAUUGUGUGAAGUGCAUGUUCAGCAUUUGUUAUUUUUUACUUCACAUCUCUUUGCUUUGCUGAGUGACUGUUGAACCUUAGAUGAACCUGUGAUGGAGAACCGUCUGUGAACAAGCCAAGCAUUAAACUGACAUCUGUUACAUUCACUGUGUUCCAUGGGCGGAUGGAAAAUUACAGUAAAUGCCUUUUUGAUGGACAAAUAGUUUAUUUCUUAAGAAGAAUGUGAAUAAAAAUAAUGUGUGAAACUGA